AACAAGCGGCUUCAUUGUUGUUAAUGAAUCAUUUAUUAUCUAUUUUUAUUAUCUUUAGAUCGAUAGGCUUUAUGAACAGUUAAAAAAAAUCUUUUGGCAUGUGUAACUCACUUGUCUUUUAUCUCCUUAAUUCACCAGGAAAACCUUUAAAUACACCUCUGAUCUUAUGGACAAAUCUGCAGUGAAAAAUGUUGUGAAAUCCAUUUAUUGACAACUUCCUCGCAUGUAUUCAUUCAGACUUGAUUAAUUAUUUAUAAUGUUAAUGCCAUUACAUUAAGGUAUUGUUUAAGUGUUACUUAACUGUGAGAAAAUAGGCCUGUGACAGGAGGGAUGUGUACAGUCUAUGGUAACCACAUCUGUUCCAGGCAGCAGCUUCCUCCUCUCCAUGCUCCCGCCCCUCUCAACCGAUAUGCACCAAUCAGGAGCAGCCUGAGUACAUAACAUGCAGCCAGACUGCAGUACUCGGUUUGACCACAGAGUGGCAGCACACAGAAGCACAUGUCAUCUUACACAACUUUGUUACCAAACCCUCGAGGGGAGUUCUGUAAUAUGCUGCAGUCUUACAACGUCCUACUGUCUCAGUGAAGGAAGGACCAUCUUUGACACAGCAAUGAAGUCCAUCGUUUGUAUCUCAUCGUCUGUCAGGGCGGUGUGCCAGCACGCCUCAGCCUGUUUUCUCCUUCAUCGCAGCCUAAAUCUCUGCAGUUCAGUGGGCAGAUGUCCACAUGUAGCUUCUACCAGCACAGCCAUAGUAGCGCAGCCACCGUGCGUAACAGGCGUCCGUCGUUUCCAAACAACACGUAACACAGCGGUGCAGAUGGUGACUGCAACUUCUCUCCCCACUCCUGUGCCCAUACCUGGGAGAACAGAGGAUGAAGUGACCGUACACCAGAGUGGAAGACGGGCGACACCUAAAACAGCAGCCAGAGCAGCCCCACACCUCUCUCCAUACACUCCAUAUGCCAAACCACGGAGCAGUGGAGCUGCACUAGUCAACAUCCAGUCUCUGUUUGAAGAGGAUGUUAUCAGGGAGCUGUGCUCCAGGCUGGCAGACUUUCCCAGCAAUGACAGAGCAGAGGGACUGGCCACUUUACUCGGAGCAUGUGUGGAGUUUGGCUUGGAGGCCCACAGCCCUCCUGUCCUCAGACUGAUGAAUGAGUGUCUGGAGCUCCUCUCCAACAGGGACAUCGGGGUGCCACAACUCUGCCACCUGGGUAAGGUGGCAUGUGCCCUGGAAGGCCGCCAGUCACCCAUGGUCGCAGCGGUCUUGGACUCUAUAGGUGCUGCUGUAGAAAAGGAUGCUGUCUCUCCCAGCGAGGCUGCCACAGUCUACUCCCUGCUGACUCUGUUUUAUGAGCCUGCCAGCCAGCAGCAGGCACUGAUACUGUCUGCUUUGCACACACACACACAAAGGCUGGUUCACCGGCUGAGAGCAAGUCAAGUCAGUGAUAUUCUGCAGUCCCUGCUGAAGUUACAGCAGAGGCAGGCUAUUACCUUGGUAUUGAGACUGAGUCACAGAGCAUCACGGGUCUUUAAAGAUUUCAGUGACGAUGAAAUUAUUAAGGUGCUUUCUGCACUAAUGAUUCUGGGACAGCAUGAUGAAGAGCUCCUGGCUGCUAUGGAGAAACACCUGCCAGAGAGGCUGGGAAAGUGUGAUCCUGAGGUGAUCAGCACUGUGAUGGAGUACUGUCUGCAAAUGGGGUGCCGCUCCGAGACCGUCUUUGAGGCCGUGGCUGAGAACUUCGUAUGCGAUGCUGAGAAGCACACCACCCCUCAGAUAGCCAAACAGAUUGUUGCCAUGGGGAGACUCAACUACCUGCCACAGUGCUCCAGUCAGAUGUUUAAAAAGCUGGAGAGCAUUCUGUCAACAAGGUUUUCCCAGUUCCAGCCUCGCUCCCUGAUAGAUGUGCUGCACGCCUGCAUCCACCUGGAACGCUUCCCGCUCAACUACAUGUCCAAAGUUUUCAGCCCAUACUUUCUACAGAGGCUGCAAGCACAUGGAGAGCCAUUCAACAAGAAUGCACUGGGCCAACUGACACAGCUCCAUCUCUCCACCGUGUUGGAGUGCACACGCUACUGGGGUCCCAGACUGCCCUUCUACCUCCAUGUGAAGAAGUUUUCCUCUGCAGACCAGGCCUUUGAGACACCUAUGGAGUAUCUGUUGUACAAACAAGUCAAAGGACCACUUGCACAGCUGCUAGGGGGAAGGUUUUACUCGACCAGAAUCUUUACUCAAAAUGGAUACACUAUAGAUGUGGAGAUAUGCCUAGACGAGAACGGAUUUGUUCUGCCUCUGUCUCAGUGGGACCACACUUACAAAAGAAUUGCACUGUGUUUGGAUGGACAAAACCGUUUCUGCAGCAAUACAAAAUACCUGCUGGGGAAGGAAGUCACUAAGAGGAGACACCUUGACAGGAUGGGCUAUGAGGUGGUCCAGAUCCCUUACUUUGAAUUUGAGAAGCUGAGAACUCAGGGGGAAAAGAUUCAAUACCUUCACAACAAGAUCUUUCCUACCAUCUCCAAGUUUAGUUACUGAUCUUAGUCACUUAGAAAGUUAAGAACAGCCUAACUCAAACAAAUGGCAUAAGCCACCUUAAAGUAAAUUGGAUUGAGAUUAUACGAAUCCUAGUGUCCAGUUAAAAGAUACAAGCAUGGAAGUGCACGGUAACUUACAAAUAAUUUUUGGAUGUUCUGUCAUUUAUGUUGUGACCUUAAUUCUAUGAAACCACCUGCCUUAUGUUCAACAGAAAAGUAAAGAAAUAUCAGUUGAGAAUCACAACGCACCAAGGUAUCAAAGCUGUCUAUUGAAGGAGUAAAGACACUGGAUAUAGCUCAUUUUUGUAUGUUAAAAGUGAAAAAGAUGAAGAUAAAUUAAAUUCCUUCAAUCUUGAAGCUGCUAGAGAAGGGAAGCUGAAAUACUGCUACGCUGGUCAUUUGUGUAACGAUGCAGCUUUUAUUUGAAUAUUAUGGCCUAUUAUUAUCUUUACUAUUUAUGAUAAUGGACAUUUUGUGUACAGGUGCUAUUUCAUUAUACUGUUCAAUGGUUCAAAGGACAUGACAGUGACUGAUUAUUCUGAACACAAAAUAUAUGUAAAUGUUUGAUUGGACAGUCAUGACAGUUUGUGCUAUUUGUACUUGACUUUGUUUAGGGUAAUGAAAUUACUCUAAAGAACAUGGACAUGAGAUGUAAAUGAUGUGCAAUAUACCUUUUAUUUGAUGAAAAAAAAUAUAUACCAGAAAUGGCCUCACAAUA